CGAACUCCGUGAGAGUAGAAGGAUUGUUAUUAAUUGUCGUUUAUUAUUACCCUAAAUAAGUGUAUUUUCAUCGAUGUUGCUUUUUUUCUAUUUCUCGAUCCGUCUUUUAUUAUAAUUCAUAAUGAAUUACGAAAAAGAAAAAAUGCGCAAGAUCGAAUUGGUUAACUAGACAAAAUAAAAAAAAAAAGAGAACAGAUAAGAAGGGACAACAACAACAACAAAAAUAGUAUACUAACUUUUAGUAAUAAAUGAUCGAUAAUCUGUGUUGUCAGUGCAAUGUGCGUGACACGUAUGAAUCGAAUCUAAUCGAAUAUUGUUGGAAAAUUUGUCUAUUAUUCUUUCGUUAUUUCUUUUAUUUCUGAUAGAGAUUGUGAAUCAUUUAAUUACAAAUAACAAAUUGGUCGGGUCGCGUUUCUUAUCAUAGUCCAAAUUUCAUUUCAAUAUUUAUCUUUUUCUCCCUAUUGUUAUUUUCUAUCAAAAUUCUUGAAUCAUUUUGAUAGACUUUCAACUUUCCACUGUAUACUAAUAAUCGACAGGAAAUUCGAUAAAAAUAUUUGAAUAAUACGUCGUCGUCGUCGUCAUCUUAUUGGUCGAGGUUCCUCCUCGUCUUUUGUUAUUUUUUUUAUAUGUGCGCGCAUUCUCUGCGCGCACGCGCGCGCAUUCGAGCAUCGAAAGGUACAAAUUCGUCGUUUUCGUUGUCGUUGUCAUUUUUGUGUUGUCGUCGAAGUGAGAACAAGAAAAAUAAGAAACCGGAAAAGUUUCGCGGUUGUUUUUGAAGAUACGGUAAUUAACGAACAAUAAUAAGAAAAAAAAAAGGGCCGAAGAUAUGCUGGAAUUUUUCGUUCAACAUGCCGAAGUUGGUGGCACUUUCCACGGAUGAUGUGAGAGAUGACGGGACUCAAGGCCACGAAAAUGAGACCGAUUCCUUGGAAUCAUUGUCGCCUGUCGAUCCACCAGUCGACAGCGUUUAUAUGAUAUGCGGCGUGCUGAUAGCUAUGGCAUUAGUCGGUGUUAUCAUCGUCCUACUUGCCGUAACAAUCAGCAAACUGAGGAAAAGGGAGGAGCAUCAUUCAAAUGUUGUUCAUCCCGAGGAUGCAACUGUUGUACAAACUGCAACAGUUUCGGCAUCCACAGCGACGAUUUCAACGAUCGGUCCUACACCACCGCCGCCAUCGGUUCAGCUGGUCAACGAGCGAUGCUUGUCACAGGUGACAACCACCGGUGAUGGUACAUCCUCCUCUGGCUCCCCAGCUCCCCCCACCGCCAUAACAACGGUCAACACCGCUGCUACUACUACUACCACAACCACCACCUCUACAAGCAUCGAGCACGAUGGUGCUGCUUAUCCGAUUGCCAACACGCAGGACCAAUUCGUCUGGCAGUUCCCACCACCUUAUCCGCCACCACAAUAUACAUUGUCCUAUAACGAUCAGGACACACUUGUACACACAUUACCACCUGGGGGCGGUAGGCCAGGAUUUGCAAAAGGCUUUCGCAAAAACUUUGGUGGGCAUUGGCGUCGUUUGGUCAAGAGAAAACCGGAAAACGAGACUUGUGCCAUUCCACCGGAACUGAAGGAUCAACUAAAAACGAUUUACGUUUAUUGACCGACCCAUACAGAUUAUGAUACCAAAUCGUACCUCGAAUUUAAUGUUGACCUUCCACUCUGAUAAAAAUACGAACGCUUUUUUUCAUAUCAUAAUUCGUAAGAAGAUACGUCGUUAUAUUAUCAAUUAAUAAUAUUAAGGGAAUCGAAAACAUGAAAGAUUGUUUAACGAAGCAAAAUCGUUUUAAAAAAGCAAAAGUAAAUAUGAGAAAAAGACAAAAAAAAAACAAAACAAAUACAGGAUGGUGAGGGCACACAAAUUCUUAGAUAAUUUUAAAUAUCGGAAAUACAUUUUAGAUAUUUUCAAUCUCAUUAUUAUGAGUCCCUGCAAUAUGAGAGCAGGAGUGAUAUUUAAAAUUUAUUAACAACUUCUUUUGUCCCCCAUCUAUCCAUAAACGAAUCAUCGAACGAAGGGAUGACUUUCUUGCUAGUUCAAAUUCAAUAUUUUUAAUAUAACAUAAGGAGAAAGUAAUAAGAGCUGUUGUUGUGAAAUUAUUAACACGAUGAAAUGUUUAAUGUUUAAACAUAUCAAAAAAAAAAAAAGUGCCCUAAAGAAAUAUCUCUCAAAAGAUAUGAAACCAACUGUUUGAUUUUGAAUAAUCGUGGAAAAUUGAACAUAUAUAGUACAUUCACCGAUAAGUGCCUUUCUUACAAAAUCUCUUUCACGAUCAUUUUAUACACGAACGGGCAAAAAUUGUCGUCAUGUAUACUUGUAAUAUAAUUGUAUGUCAUCUUACCAUCGUUCGAGGAAUCUUAACACGCUUAAAUAGCUGGACUUUAUGCUAUAAAUGCGUAUACAUAUAUAUAUAUAUAUAUAUAUAUAUAUAAGGAAUAAUAAGAAGCUUCGUUAAACGAUGUAAAAGAAUUUUUAUGAGACUGAAAAAAACGUUAAAAGAGCUACGACAAAACGAGUAAAAUCGUAGCUUUUUUUCUGUCUAUGUAUGUAUUUUACUAUUGAUCUAUAAUAGUAAGAGAUAGAGGGAGAGAGAUAGAGAGAGAGAAAAACAAAAAAAGAAAGAAAUAGAGUCAUACUCAAGUAAGAAGAAUCACUUUCACGACGCACUAGUAUUAACGUUAUUACCUGAGAAAAAUAUAUCUAAUAUCUAAUGUGUGUGUACAAUACAAAUAUGAUAGAGAGAUCAGAAAGGAAAAAAAAAGGAUAAGAAAAUGAAAAAGCAAAGGAUAAAUCUCUUGAAAGCGUUUUAUGCUUCUCUCGCGCAUCUCUUUAAAAGAAUAAAAAAGAAAAAAAAAUCAAGAAAAAUAAGAAAAAAAAAAAAGGAAAAAAGCUCUGUCUUUGAUGUAAAUAGUAGAUAUAAUUUAGUUUUUAAAUAACCAUGGCGUAAUCUAACGAUUUCCGAGCUACGGUCGUAUUGACGUCUUUUAAAAUAUCAUCCUCAGUAUAUAUAAUAGCGUACGACUAAUUCCAAUAAUUUCUCUAAUCACAAAUUUCAUUUGAAAACUUGUACGAUUUAUUCAAUUCGCAAUAAUGCAAUCAGUAAUAUAUUUAUAUAUAAUGUGACAAAUGGUUUUAGUCGUACGUUCAUUAGCGUCGAUCAUGUUGCUCUCGUCUAUACGCUAUUCUGGUAAAUUGAAAAUAGAAUGAAAUGGGGACGAUAAAGGAAAAAUUGUAAUUUGAUAAAAAGAGAAAAUGUACUUUAUAUCUUUAUUAUUCUCUACUCCCCUUUUUCUUUCUUCGACGAACACAAAACCAUGAAUAGUGUGUAGCAUUUCGUAGCAAACUUAGACCAAUUUAAAAAAGAUCUUUAAUAAUAACAUUUACGACUCAUAUUGAGUCUGCACUACUUGCUAAACUACUACGGUAUUUCAAUUUCGUAUUAUUGUAAUUAAUUUGUACAGCAAAACACAGCUUCACUGAGUAUCAAAUAACGUUGUUAUCUUGCCCUUUAUAUUAAAACAACAAAAAAUUUCAUUUCCCUGAUAACUCUUUCGACUGCUCGCUCGUUUCUCUGCCAAAUUGUAAACGUGGCUUUUCUCGACAACACAUUGAACGAUCUUUCUUUUGGCGUACGUCUGUUUGUCUGUUUAUGUGGGUGUACAUGUUUGAUGUGUGUAUGCGAAUGUACGAUUGAAAGCAUAGAACAAAAAGUCAUUCUUAAAUAAAGAGAUAAAUGCGUUAAAUUUGAUGACUAUAUUAGUCACAUGUGAAAACUACAAUAAAAACAAUUUAAAAAAUGAAUGAAAAUAAACAAAAAAUGGGGUAUAAAGAAAA